AUGGCUUCUUCUAAACCAACUCGGGCAUUUCCCACGAUCAAGGCGGUGCGAACAUUUCUUGUUGAAGGGAUUGGAUUAGGAGGUGAUUACCAUAAUGUCAAAGGCGGACAUUGGCUGAUAGAUAGUCCCAUUGCCACUCCAAUGUCGAAAUGGGAACAGUACCGCAAUGCCACUCCAAUGUCGAAAUGGGAACAGUACCGCAAAUCCCGCACCAGCUGGGGCAUCAACGUACUGGGCUCUUUUUGUGUCGAGAUAGAAGCGACCGAUGGAACCAAAGGAUUUGCCACCGGAUUCCUGCUCGGCGCGGAUCCGCGAGACACGAACAAUCUCUUCGAACAGGUGUAUCGAGGCGCAAUGUUUUAUGGCCGUAAAGGCUUGCCAGUGGCCGUAAUAUCAGUCAUCGAUCUGGCCUUGUGGGAUCUGAUCGGGCACCUACGCCAGGAGCCAGUAUACAAACUCAUCGCCGCGCAAGCGAUGGGCUUUAUUGGGGCCAAAGUUCCGCUUCCUUAUGGACCGGAUGAAGGCCAGCCGGGCUUGGCGAAGAACAUUGCAUAUCUCAAGAAGCAUCGACCGGCUGUUGGACUGGAUUUCCCUCUCCUCGUAGAUUGGUGGGAAGAGUGCUUAUCACCCGAUGAUUUCGAUGGCUUUCAGCAGCUCAAGCGAGCACACCCGACCGUCAAGUUCACCACUGGGGAGCACGAGUAUAGUAAGUAUGGCCUCCGAAAGCUGGUCGAGGGCCGCAACGUCGACAUUUUGCAACCAGAUGUGAUGUGGGCAGGUGGCAUGACGGAAUUGCUCAAAGUGGCUGCUAUGCAUCAGCGUAUGAUGUCCCUGUCGUUCCGCACGGAAGAAUACCUGGCGAACAGUCCAGACGGGAAGAGCGUGAUGCCAGUCUUUGGAGAUCUGUUUCUGAACGAGCCGAUUCCAGAAUAG